ACGCCCCUUUGUUGGCUCAGUAGCAGUAGCAGCGGCCGUGGAGGUAGCGCUGGGGACUGUUUUCCUUCGGGGGCCAGAGCGGAGCCGCGUCUGACUGAGGCGGGCGGCAAGCGGCCCCCUCGCUCCCUCCCUCCCUCCUCCGCGCCCUCCCCGCCGCCGCCAGCCGCCAACCGCCAACCGCCGCGCCCGGGGAGGAGCCGCGGCCCGCGGGGCCGGAGCCAGGCCUGCGUCCGGACAUCAGCCGGAGCCGGAGCGAGAGCCGGGGCCUCGGCGUCCCCGCCCUCUCCCCGCCUCAGGGGCCAGCGUCCGCCGGGCCCCCGCGCGUCGCGCCAUGGACUCGGACGAGGGCUACAACUACGAGUUCGACGAGGACGAAGAGUGCAGUGAGGAGGACAGCGGCGCCGAAGAGGAGGAGGACGAGGACGACGACGAGCCGGACGAUGAUAACCUGGAUCUGGGCGAGGUGGAGCUGGUGGAGCCCGGGCUGGGCGUCGGCGGGGAGCGGGACGGACUGCUGUGCGGGGAGACGGGCGGCGGCGGCGGCAGCGCUCUGGGGCCCGGCGGUGGUGGCGGUGGAGGCGGCGGCGGCGGCGGGCCGGGGCACGAGCAGGAGGAGGAUUACCGCUACGAGGUGCUCACGGCCGAGCAGAUUCUGCAACACAUGGUGGAAUGUAUCCGGGAGGUCAACGAGGUCAUCCAGAAUCCAGCAACUAUCACAAGAAUACUCCUUAGCCACUUCAAUUGGGAUAAAGAGAAGCUAAUGGAAAGGUACUUUGAUGGAAACCUGGAGAAGCUCUUUGCUGAGUGUCAUGUAAUUAAUCCAAGUAAAAAGUCUCGAACACGCCAGAUGAAUACAAGGUCAUCAGCACAGGAUAUGCCUUGUCAGAUCUGCUACUUGAACUACCCUAACUCGUAUUUCACUGGCCUUGAAUGUGGACAUAAGUUUUGUAUGCAGUGCUGGAGCGAAUAUUUAACUACCAAAAUAAUGGAAGAAGGCAUGGGACAGACUAUUUCGUGUCCUGCUCAUGGUUGUGAUAUCUUAGUGGAUGACAACACAGUUAUGCGCCUGAUCACAGAUUCAAAAGUUAAAUUAAAGUAUCAGCAUUUAAUAACAAAUAGCUUUGUAGAGUGCAAUCGACUGUUAAAGUGGUGUCCUGCCCCAGAUUGCCACCAUGUUGUUAAAGUCCAAUAUCCUGAUGCUAAACCUGUUCGCUGCAAAUGUGGGCGCCAGUUUUGCUUUAACUGUGGAGAAAAUUGGCAUGAUCCUGUUAAAUGUAAGUGGUUGAAGAAGUGGAUUAAAAAGUGUGAUGAUGACAGUGAAACCUCUAAUUGGAUUGCAGCCAACACAAAGGAAUGUCCCAAAUGCCAUGUCACAAUUGAGAAGGAUGGCGGUUGUAAUCACAUGGUCUGUCGUAACCAGAACUGUAAAGCAGAGUUUUGCUGGGUGUGUCUUGGCCCUUGGGAACCACAUGGAUCUGCCUGGUACAACUGUAACCGCUAUAAUGAGGAUGAUGCAAAGGCAGCAAGAGAUGCACAGGAGCGAUCUAGGGCAGCCCUUCAGAGGUACCUGUUCUACUGUAAUCGCUAUAUGAACCACAUGCAGAGUCUACGCUUUGAGCACAAACUAUAUGCUCAGGUGAAGCAGAAAAUGGAAGAGAUGCAACAGCACAACAUGUCCUGGAUUGAGGUGCAGUUCCUGAAGAAAGCAGUUGAUGUCCUCUGCCAGUGUCGUGCCACACUCAUGUACACUUAUGUCUUCGCUUUCUACCUCAAAAAGAAUAACCAGUCCAUUAUCUUUGAGAAUAACCAAGCAGAUCUAGAGAAUGCCACAGAGGUGCUCUCGGGCUACCUUGAACGAGAUAUUUCCCAAGACUCUCUGCAGGAUAUAAAGCAGAAAGUACAAGAUAAGUACAGAUACUGUGAGAGUCGACGAAGGGUUUUGUUACAGCAUGUGCAUGAAGGCUAUGAAAAAGAUCUGUGGGAGUACAUUGAGGACUGAGAAUGGCCCUGCAUAAAAUGAACUCUGAAAACUUUACCAUCUAGAGUGCUCAUGCAAUUAAAACAAACAAAACAAAACAAAUACAAGCAAGGAGGCACUAAGCCUAUUCUGACACCGCUGGUCUAUAGUACCAGAAUUCUGUUUUGUUAAUGGAAAGUUUAAGUAAAUUAUAUUGUAAUAAAAAAAGGUAGAUAAACCAUUGUACAACAGUAUUCUAGGCCGCCAACAAAAGUGUGACAGACACACUAAAAGCCCUCCAACUUUAACUUGUAACGUAGCUUCAUUCUCAAAGCUGACUCCUUUUUUUCAUUUUCUUUUUCCUGAGUGUAGUACAGUUAAAAUUUAAAAUAGCUCCUUGACACUGCUUUUCAUGUCCAAACCAGCCAUUUUGUUGUACUUUGGUAAAGGACCUCUUCCCCUUCCUCCCAUGCACAUACAGAUACACCCAAACACGCAGACUGUCUCUCUCUCAUACCCCAAGGUCAUGAGUGAAUGAUGAUUAGUUCCUUGUAAAGAAAAUUCUUGGGGCGGGGAAGAGGGUAGGCAGAAAGAGGGAUUAAACAAACAAACAAACAAAAAAACAAAAAAACUUUGUAUAUGACUUUUAAAACAAGAGGACAACACAGUAUUUUUCAAAAUUGUAUAUAGCGCAUAUGCAUGGACAAAGCAAGCGUGGCACGUGUUUGCAUAAUGUUUAAUUACAAAAAAUAUUUAUUCUUUAAAAAUCUUCAAGAUUAUGUCUUUUGCUGUGCAUUUUCUUUCAGUUUGCUUUAUCUUUCCAGGGUUGAGGGUUGGGCUAAAAGGUGUGUUGGUUUAGCACCUCUGGAAGACCUAUCUAGAGCUCUUUGAUUUCCCUUUCCUGAGAUUACUUUGCCCUCUCUGGUUUGAUGUGUUUGUUGCUGGCCGUGGGCCUCAUGCCCUGAAUUCCCAGCUCCUGGUUGGGUAUAGAGAAGUCAAGUUCUGACUGAAUGCCAUGGCCUGAUAAGGGCUGCAACAGGGAGCUUUGCUGCUGCAAUUCAAGAAUCACCCAGUCCCCAACCUCAUCCCUCUCCACGGCCUCAUGCAUCUCCGUAAGCCUUUGUGUGCCCGUGUCAUAUAGCUGAAGGCUUCCUGCCACAUCCAGAGGAAACAUUUCAAAAAAUUUUCCCCUUAAUUGCUGCUUUGAGCCUUUUAAGAUUUUAGUUAUGGCUCUUCUCUCACCCUUCUUUACGUUAGGGUGUCAGAUAGAAUGUUUUUCCUUUAAAUAUAAAUAAAUAGCCAUUCACUUAGUUUCAGAUUGUGAAUUAAAAAUGGCAGAUACUGAAAUUGCUUAUGUGUGUUGCUGUGGGUUCAGUUUGAAGGCAAACACCCUAGAACUUGAUAUUCCCAUCUAGUGCAUUUAAAUAGAAACCACUGUUUGCUUCUUUUCUAUUGUCAGCAAAUAGGAGAAUUAAUAAUGUGUUUUAGCUGUGAUGUCCAUUUUUAUGAAAUUUCUACUAAGAGCUAUGUUAAAAGUAAAGGGUGGUGGUGGUUUUAUUAACUAUGUAUCUGUUUAGGCCAUUCUUGCUGUGGUAUUUUUCAACAGAUUAGCAUCCCUAAAUCUGUCAGUUUUAUACAGGAGUACAGAGUGAACUAGGCAACUAGAUUGAGGUCUUAAUACUAAAUACCACUUGUGGCUGAAGGACCUCUUUGUCUUCCUCUAAAUGUCUUGCGCCUAGGGAGUGUUUACCGUUUGUGAGGCAGCUUUGUCUGCUCUUGCAUUGUACAUCUUAUUACAUCAUUGGGAAGUAGGUUCACUUUCCUCUGGCCUUUUGCCUAAGUUAGGCUUUGCUAAAUCAACCCUACUUUUCCUUUUAGAAAAGGUUGUUACAUGAGAUGUACUUGCAACUAUUCUUUUCCCAUCAAAAAUCAGUGAAUGUUUGCUGAAUAUAUUAUGCUGCUUCCUUAAACCACUUGUUGCUUUAGGAUCAACUUUACCUGUACCUUUUAUCCUCCCUUCUCUUGCCACCUUAGGUGCAAAUCUGAACUCAGUGUCUGCUUCCAUAUUCUCUUCUCCCCUUUCCCUGUCAACCAUUUGACUUUAUUUUAAAUGACUGCAUCAAUCUUAAAAGACAUUUAUCAAAACUAAGGAUUUUUUUUUUUUUUU